GACCAGGAUCACAUCAGGAAUCAUUCCAAUGGAGACAUCGCUACCGAACUUUUUCUCAAUAAGAUCAGAAGUUUCAUCCAGAGUCAACAGCUUGGGGCAUGGUUUGUUGACUAUCUGGGUAUCGCCGAUGAUGAGGCGCUGAUUGAAGAAGUCAAAUUCCAUGGUGCGCACCCGGCAGGCAUAUGGAUUCCAGACUUGCUUGCUCAAUGCAUUGACUGGUUGCCAUUGCCAAUUCAAUAGCGCUGCCAUGAUCUUCACAACAUGAAGCCAGCCAAGUUCGAUUUGGUGGACCUCCUCCUCAAAGUCAGAAAUAUCCAUUUGGGAGACCUUUGUAGUCACCAUGGCGAAAGAGUCAGCCUUCAGGUACCGCGUCUUCCAUUGGCCUUUGUCUUGGAAUUCGACGCGAAUUCCGAGCCGAGAGGCAUCGUUCCAGCAGUCGAACGGACCGACAAUGGGAAUUUUGACGAAAGGGUUGGGGUGCUUGAUGUCUGGAUCAGUUGUAAUCUCAACCACCACGUUGACGAAGGAUCCUGGUCCAAGGGAAGUCCCUUGAACAGGAACGACGGGUCGAAAUUUGGCUGGGUAUGUUCGACCUCGACCGUAGAAGAGUGCGAUGCGGUUCUCCACCGUGAGGCGCUUGGGGCUUGUCCUGAAGGACCAUACAGCGGGUUUACUGUCCUCAGCGGGACUGGGUGUCCGAAUCCAAAGAUGCGCGUCGUGCCAAAGACCGCCACCCAGCGGAACCGCCCAGUUCAAGCCGAUGAAGCGGUCACGUAAGUUGAAUGGCUUAAGAGAAAGAUUCGCAUCCUUGACCUGGCGCCCGAUAUCUAAAAUGAAUUCGGCCAGAGGUCUUGUGUAGGCUCGCGCCCAUGCGUCUUGUUGGGCAGUUCUACCCCAGUCGGGAAGGGCGCCGAAAGUCUGGUUUGCCCGCAUGGGAACCUGUACGCCUAGCAUCACGGGGUUGAAACACUCAAAGAGGACAGCAAGGAAUGACUCUGCCCAUGCACAAAAUGCCGAAUGGUUGGACGAUCCCUCUGGAAAGAAUGUGAUUGGGAAUAAGCGCUGGGUGGUGCCCUUGCUAAGCAACUGACGGACCAUUCGGUAAUGCAAAGUUGCAUUGUCUCCCGAAAAUGCAAGUAAAUGCUGCUUGAAGCGGUCGUAAAGACUGCCCGUCUUGCCGACGUAUAGACCGACGUCGCCCGUCUCCUCGUCGUAGUAGAUGAGGAGGUAGAAGUAAGUCCCUGCCUUGUUGAACGGGUCUUGAGGGGAGUUGAUUUUAACAUAUCUGCCUUUACGCCAGAUAUCUUUGAUCAUGGGGAUACCGUCCUGGAAGAUCUUCAGGCUAUCGCACAGGGACAUACCUAAAGAUUCGGUUAGACUAAUCUGCUGACAAAUGUGAGGCCACUUACCAUUGAGAAAUCCUUUGAUGAACGUGUCCCGAAUGACAUUCUUUUCAACCAAGUUGAAAACCGAGGUGGGAACUCCAAGAGCUUUCAAGAUACUUCGGCUCUCUGUAGUUGCCAUGGUUGUCAGAAAGCUUUCAAGAAACUUGCUGAUGGGGGAGGAGGUCGCAACACUAGUCGUUUCCAAGGACAGUCUUGGAACCGUGAGAUCGAUGCCGUGGACCAGUCCGGGGCUAUCUGUCACAACGGCCCCAACUUCGAUGCAGGAUGCUGGGAUCAAACACUUUCCACCGCCGAGAGGGGCUCGAGGCACUGGCUCAGUAGCAAGCUCCGUUUGGCGAAAGAGCUUGACCAACGGAUACUUACUACCCUGGAAACUCUUGUGGUACUCAGUAUUGCUGAUCGUUCCGACAUCUCCAACUUCUACUGUCAUGAAAAGUGCUUGGCCGACAGUAUCCGAAAGCUCCUGGACAUCUGCUGGACUGACUGCCUUGAUAACACGAAUUGCCUUGGUAACGAGACGGUUUUCUUUCUGCCCAGGUGACUGUUGGGAACCCGCUGUCAACGCCUGCGGCCGGGAAGGCGUGCUCUUUCCAGAUGCAGGCGAGGUUGUUGGCAAGACAGAUGAGCUGCCCGCUGUACUCUGACGACUUCUGCUAGGAUUCAGAGGGCUCCCAGAGACCGAGUCACGGGGUAGAGCACUAAUGCUCGGUGAUCGAGCAGGUGAAUUUCUCUUUUGAGCGAGUGGGGAGCCAUGAGGCAAGCCAGACAUAUCGCUAGAUCGUGGAGAACUCGGUGCUUGUUGGCUCUGACCAUACGGGCUUCCUGAACCGGCGGGAGGACGAGAGCGGCCAGAAAAGGCUGGCUGUUGGGGAGGCGCACCAUGUCGAGGGAGCUGGGGAAUAGCAACUGGCAAAGGCCCUGGACGCUGCGCAGACAAAGGAACCUGGCGCUGUAUCGGAGGGGGACGCUGAGGGAGGGCAAUUGGAGGGAGGGAUCCCUGACGCUGUCCUGGUGGGGGACCUUGACGCUGAGCAGGUGGAGGACCUUGACGUUGCCCUGGAGGAGGACCUUGACGCUGAGCAGGUGACGGACCUUGAAGUUGCCCUGGAGGAGGACCUUGUCGAUAUACUGGAGCAGGGCGUUGAGGAGGGGCACCUGCUGGAAAAGGACUUUCAUGCUGCGUGGACUGAGCACCGUUUCCAGCCACAGAAGCGUAUGAAGGUGCUCGCGGAUCUGGGCCACGGCUUGGUCGUCCUCGACCAGAGCCGGACGUCGAUUCUUGAGGGCCUGAGGGUGGACCAGGAGACGCCAUGAUGGCGAUGGAGGAUAGCUUUGUCUUGAUGGGAAGCGAAGAGGCGAUACAAGUGAAGAUAGACUUGGGAAAAUCUUGGGUGAUGAAUGAGAGUUGAUGAAGGUGGGAAAAAAUCAGAGCGAAAGAAUUUGGGGACUUUCUGGAGCUGAGCGAAGAGGAAAAAGGUGGGCCAAUGUGAGAAGUAAAGGCACUGGCAAACAGUGGCAAGUGUUUGUGAAUCGUUCAAUGC